AUGGACCACGUGAUUGCCUCCAAAUUUAAGCUGGGCCGGAAGAUCGGGAGCGGAUCUUUUGGUGAACUAUACCUGGGUGUUAACAUACAGAGUGGAGAAGAAGUUGCGGUUAAGUUGGAGUCUGCGAAGACAAAGACCCCUCAACUUCAUUAUGAGUCAAAGUUGUACAUGCUCCUUCAAGGUGGAACUGGCAUUCCUCACCUCAAAUGGUUUGGAGUGGAGGGGGAGUACAAUGUCAUGGUUAUUGACCUGUUGGGACCAAGUCUAGAAGACUUGUUUAACUAUUGCAAUCGCAAAUUGACUCUGAAAACAGUUUUGAUGCUUGCGGAUCAACUUAUAAACCGAGUUGAAUACUUGCACCAAAGAGGUUUUCUUCACCGUGAUAUAAAGCCUGACAAUUUCUUGAUGGGCUUGGGACGCAAGGCCAAUCAGGUCUACAUCAUUGACUAUGGCCUUGCCAAAAAGUACAGGGAUCUUCAAACACACAAGCACAUAGCAUACAGGGAAAAUAAGAAUCUGACUGGCACUGCUCGUUAUGCUAGUGUUAAUACUCAUCUUGGAGUUGAGCAAAGCAGAAGAGAUGAUUUAGAGUCUCUUGGAUAUGUUCUCAUGUAUUUCCUUCGUGGAAGUCUUCCAUGGCAGGGGCUGAAAGCAGGCACUAAGAAGCAGAAGUAUGACAAAAUCAGUGAGAAGAAGAUGCUUACUCCGAUAGAGGUCCUUUGCAAAAGCUAUCCCUCUGAGUUCACGUCGUAUUUCCAUUAUUGUCGGUCAUUGCGGUUCGAAGACAAGCCCGAUUAUUCAUACUUGAAAAGGCUUUUUAGGGACUUGUUUAUUCGAGAAGGGUAUCAGUUUGAUUAUGUGUUUGAUUGGACCAUCUUGAAGUACCCACAAAUCGGCUCCAGUUCUAGGCAACGACCAAGUGUCAAACCUGCUAUAAACGCUGGAACAUCAGCAGAAAGAGUAGAGCAGCAGCCUUCAGUUCGAGAGAUUCGAGAUAGGUUGUCUGGUGUAGCUGAGUUAUUUGUGAGGAGGACUAGCUCUGGACAAGUAACCCGUGGGGAUCAGUCGCGGCACAGGUCUUCAGAUGAUGUGCCUUCAUCUAAAGAUGUGCGCACUGAUUCCGACAGACCACGCUCUUCAUCUCGAACCGGUAGCACAUCAAAGAGGGCUUUUGUGUCGAGUAGUAGGCCGAGCUCGUCUGGUGAGCCUAUCGAUAGUCGAACAAGCAGAUUGAUCUCUUCCAGCAGCGGUCGCAUGUCUACCACCCAAAGGCUUCAACCUGGGUUUGAGUCCAAGUCAUCAUCGUUCACUCGUGCGACUGCCUCGAGAGGUGCUCGUGAUGACACGCUUAGGAGCUUGGAGCUCCUUUCCAUCGGGACAGGGAAGCGAAAAUAA